AUGACAUCAAUAUCUAUUCAGUUUCAAUUGAAUGAUCAACAACCAAUUCUAGCAAACUUACCACAAGAUUUUACACUAGACGAUUUUAAGAGAGCAGCUGACAAUAUUUAUAAUAAUAGAAGUUUUCUUUAUUCUUUUGUAUGUCAUGGAAAAGAAUUGGAUUUAAGUGACGAGGAAAAAUUCAAUAAUUGUAAAGCAUUGAUCACAUCUGUAACAACAAUUUUUACAAUAGAACAUUUCAAAUGUUUUCUACCGGAAACAUUGAUUCUACGUGCCGAUCAACGUGAAAUACGUAUUAGUGAUGUUGAAUUAGGUGAUUGUUUAUUGGCAUUUACCAACGUUGGCGAGAUUGUUACUACAGUUGUUCAAGAUAUUUUUAAGCAUGAAGUCGAUGAAUACGUGGAAUUACAACUAGGAGAAAACCGACUGUAUACAACACGUGAACAUCCAUUUUUUGUUGGAAAUGGUAAUUUUUCUUCACUUGACAAUUUACGUGCUUCUGAUUCUGUCUACAGAUUGAUAGAUGGUAAUCUUCUAUCAACAAAAAUUACAAGUAUACAGACUAUUAAAGCACCAGCAACAUUUGUCUAUAAUUUAAGUACUACUCCACCACAUACUUACUUUGCUAACCGGAUAGCUGUUCAUAAUAAGUUUGGCAAGACAUUCAUAGACCUAACUAAGGGUAAUAGUCCUAAGCGAAUUGAAUGGAGUUCUAGCGCUCCUAAUUGGCGUAUUGCACGACCUGGAAUUUGCCUUGAAGGCAAAUGUUCUAAUCCAUCUUGCCUAGCACAUGAACAACUAGUAAUUAUAAACAUUGGAAUAAGAGAAUUCGAUCUUUUGACUGAAAGUUAUAAAAUAUCGAAAUGUCCUGAAUGUUCAAAAUAUGUUGAACCUGUAACUUGUGCUUUUAAUAAUUGUAUGUGGCGAUGGAAAGGUUUAAAGCAGUCAAAGAUUGACGCAGCACCAACGGAAGUUUCAGAAGAUUGGAAGCUUGCGGAUAAUGCUUACCAUCGUUUCGAUGAAACUGUUAAUGGUGAAGUCAUGUGGCUACAAUUGAUUCUUUAUGCAAAAGUCAAGUAA